UCGAAACAAGUUACAAAAAAACCUAUUUUAUUAACGACUUGUAUACUUUAUAAUAACUUAAAGCGGUGUGUAAUUUAAACCUAUAUCUUCAACAAUUCUACGAAGAACAUCUCCUUAUCCCACUAUAUCUGAACAUGUGUUAGACAUUGAUACUAAAUGACCUCGAAGUUAGUUCUAUAUUAGAUCCAAAUCAAAGGCAGAAUAUCAUGAUAUGGCGUUCUAUAAAAUGACUUCGUGAUGACUCUCUCUUCGAAUAGACACAAGGCUGUUAUCUCUACAAAUAUGAGUUGAUAUCGUACUAUAUUUAUAAUAGUCACGUCACCAUGAUGUAUAAGACUAUACGAUGUAAGUUUAUAUUAUUAACCUGAUAUCUUAUAUAGGCCACCAAACACUCCAGGUGAAGCGAUAUAGAUUUAACGUAACGAAGGUCAGAUUGACUGAUGUUCACGUGAUCUAUGUCAUCAUGUUGAGCGUGUAAAAGGAUGUUGAAAUACCGACAUAUUGAAUAAAUAAUAUACAAUCAGACGGUGACGGAUACUUGGUUUUAGGUAUCAACCUAGGCCUUUCAUUGUUAGGCUGUCGACGAUUUUAAUCCCAUAAUAUACAUCACGAAGGUGUGUAUUGAAGAUAUCACAGUUGAAGAAAUCAAGAUAAAUAUCACUUUCAACUCAGUUGCAGUCACAAGGGGCGUAUAACUCUAAUAGGCGAAAUAGCUGCUCACCAAAGUGAUCAUACAUCAGAUGUACUUGCAACAUAGUCACCCCUGGAAAUGAAUGAAACUAUAAUUGAAGAUGCUAGGAGUGGAAAUUAUAAACGUAUUAUACAUCUGAUAGACGAAUGUGCUGAUUUACCGUUACAGUAUAUAGAUGAUGAACAUAACAAUCUAUUAAAUAUAGUUUUAUAUAGUUACCGAUCACACACCUAUCAAGAUGACAGGGACGAGUUGUUACAAUGUGUAAUUAAAUUAGUUGAAGCUGGUGUAGAUGUGAACCAUCUGAAUAAAGAUAAACAAACACCUGUAUCUAUAGCUGCUAGGAAAGGAUUGUCUAAAAUUGUUAUUUAUCUGAUAGAUCAUGGUGUUGAUAUAGAGUAUAUAGAUGAUGAACAUAACAAUCUAUUACACUUAGUUUUAGAUAGUUACCGAUCAUACCACCCUGGAACUAAAGACGAGUUGUUACAGUAUGUAAUUAAAUUGGUUCAAGCUGGUGUAGAUGUCAACCAUCUGAAUAAAGAUAAACAAACACCUAUAUAUACAGCUGCUAGGAGAGGAUUGUAUAACAGUGUUAUAUAUCUUAUUGAUCAUUGUGUAGAUAUACUGUAUAAUGAUAAGGAACAUAAUAAUGUCUUACACUUAGUUUUAUAUAAUGCAACGAAAUAUGGUGAAACAGAAAGUGAUGAGUUGUUACAGUGUGUAAUUCAAUUAGUUGAAGCUGGUGUAGAUGUCAACCAUCUGAAUCAAGACCAACAAACACCUAUAUCUGUAGCUGCUAGGAAAGGAUUGUAUAACAUUGUUUUAUAUCUGAUAGAUCAUUGUGUUGAUAUACAGUAUACUGAUAGGGAACAGAAUAAUUUCUUACACUUAGUUUUAUCUAGUGCAGAGGAAUAUGGUGGAAGAGAAAGAGAUGAGUUGUUGUUACAGUGUGUAAUAAAAUUAGUUAAAGCUGGGGUAGAUGUAAACCAUCUGAAUGAAGAGCAACAAACACCUAUAGAUGUAGCUGCUAGGCACGGGUUGUAUAACAUUUUUAUAUAUCUGAUAGAUUAUUGUGUUGGUAUACAGUAUACUGAUAGGGAACAGAAUAAUGUCUUACACUUAGUUUUAUAUAGUGCAAGGAAAUAUGAUGAAAUAGAAGAAGAUGGGUUGUUACAGUAUGUAAUUAAAUUAGUUAAAGCCGGUGUAGAUGUCAACCACCUGAAUAGAUAUAAACAAACACCUAUAGAUAUAGCUGUUAGUGACGGGUUGUAUAACAUUGUUUUAUAUCUGAUAGAUCAUUGUGUUGAUAUACAGUAUACUGAUAAGACACAGAAUAAUGUCUUACACUUAGUUUUACAUAGCGCAAACAAAUAUGGUGAAAUAGAAAGUGAUGAGUUGCUACAGUGUGUAAUUAAAUUAGUUAAAGCUGGUGUAGAUGUCAACCAUAUGAAUGAAGACCAACAGACACCUAUAUCUAUAGCUGCUAGGUACAGAUUGUAUAACAUUGUUAUAUAUCUGAUAAAUCAUUGUGUUGAUGUACAGUAUACUGAUAAGAAACAGAAUAAUGUCUUACACUUAGUUUUAUAUAGUGCAGGGAGAUAUGGUAAAAAUGAAAGAGAUGAGUUGUUACCUUGUGUAAUUAAAUUAGUUGAAACUGGUGUAGAUGUCAACCACCUGAAUAGAUAUAAACAAACACCUAUAGAUAUAGCUGCUAGUAACAGAUUGUAUAAAGUUGUAAUGUAUUUGUUAGGACAUGGGACACAUGUUCAUUAUAUCUAUGAAUAUGACCGAAAUAUUCUGCACCAUGUAAUAUAUAGUAUACACAAUAUUGACGAGAAAGAUGUAGACCAGUAUUCAGACGAUUGUAUUCAGGUUGUUAAAACUUUGAUAAACAUGGGAGUAGAUGUAAACAAACCCGAUAUUUAUGGUAACACUCCACUGUUCAAUAUAGUAACCACCCGAAAACCGGAAAUCAUAUUAAAACAAAGUAAUAUAUUGUUCAGAUUACAAUAUAAUUUGGUCACUGCAUUGAUCUAUGCUGGCUGUAAUGUGAAACAUCAAAAUAAAGAAGGACAAACGCCAUUAAUGCACUAUACAAGAAGGCAAGCCGAUAUCCGUAUCUUUAAACUGAUGAUUCAACAUUCUGAUGUAAAUCUAACUGAUACUAAUGGUGAUACAGCGUGUAGUUAUUGUGUUCAAUAUUAUUUGUUAAAUUCUACAAAUAUAUUUAAACUUUAUUCUCGCGAUGUACUGAUAUCACCUAACAAUGGAGUGAAAUUAUUUCACCAGAUUCUUACUUGUAAGAGGUUGGAGCUGUUCAAUUAUUACAUGGAAUUAAUGAUGAGUGUUAAUGGUGUUACAACAGAGGGAGAAAGUAUGCUACAUCUGUUAGCUAGAGUAAACUACGAUUAUUCUCUAAAGAAGUUUAACUGGUUGUUUAAUAAAAAGCUAGACAUAAACCACCCAUGUUCUAAAACCAAUACACCUAUUAUGAUAGCUGCUCUGUUAUUGAAUAGUAAAUAUUUAGAACUAUUCACACGUCAUCCUAGACUAGACAUCAAUGCACAGAAUAACAACGGUCACACAGCUCUUCAUCUGUGUAUCAUUGGAUUUACUAUGGUUAAAGAUGACUUGAAUAACAGUCAUACAAAUGACGUUGUUGAGGAUUACUGUAGACAGAUAUAUCCAAUAUACAUGGAGUGUGUUGAUAUUUUACUGGCUGUUGGUAUAAAUGUAAAUACUCCAGAUGGAAGAGGUAGAACUGCUUUAAUGAUGGCGGCAAUGAAAAACGAUAGAUGUCUCAUAAGGAAAUUACUUGAUGCUGGUGCACUGGUGAAUUACAGUGGAAAAUCUGCUUUACAUCAUCUAGAUAUUUAUGAGAGUGUGUUUGAUCUAAGUUUUAAAUUACUUGUAUCUGCGGGAGAUAAUAUGCUUCUCAAUUUACCAUGUAUUAAUGGUACCACACUGAUCCAAGCGACCUUGUGUUUUCCACGUUGUUGGGAUCCACUUACGGCUGUUAGUUUUAUUAAAUAUUUAGUCGGUGAAAACUGCUGUCUUCAGUCUCUUGUUACAUCUUCAGUUGAAAGUAGUUAUAACCAGAUUGAUAUGAGAGAACUUAGCAGUCAAGAGAGAGGUGAACUGAGAAAACUUUUAUAUCUUAGUGGAGCUCCUGAAAACCAAAUAGUAGCAACUUUAAAUUUUGAGAAGGAAGAUACAAAUAUAGAGAGAGAUGACAUGAGAAGACUAUUAUGUCUUAGAGGGUCAUCAGAAGAAGAAAUAGUACAACAAUUAAAUUUCCAGGAAGAAGACAAAGAUGAUCGAGAUGCUACAUUCCACUCACGACACCGAGUGAUAUUCACUAAGUACUGUUGUAAUAUAUCUCUCAAGUCUCAGUGUAGGAGAAUCAUCAGACAGAAGCUAGGAUUGGGUAUAAAGGAGAAGGUCAUGGAUCUAGAACUGCCUAGAGAAUUAAACGACUUUCUCCUGUUAAAAGAUAUUCUACAUCCUGAAGAUUACAACAUAGAUAAUAUUGAUGAUGGUUGUAAUGAUUUUGAUGAUGAUGAUGGUUAUGGUGGCUAUGGUAUAGCUAAAGAUAGAGAUGAUGAUUAUAGUCAAUAUAACUACCAGUAUUUUACUCUCAAUACUGAUGAUGAGCUUACAAAUGAGUGUAGCGAAGUCAUGAAAUAUCCCAAUGGCAAAUCCUGGUAUGAAUUGUAACGUGAAGAUGCCUAGGUCAUAAUUAAUGUGCUUUAAAUUGCUGAAAGGAGAGUGCGGAUGAUAGUCAGAUUAAUUAACAGUAUUUUACACUCAUAGCUACUAGUAAAAUUUGACGUUAUUGAAUUGCAAAACCAGUUAUGUAAUCUAUAUGAUUGUUUGCCCUGGUUGUAAUGGACAGUAUAUCGAGAAAACUAUUAUGCUCAGAACAAGGAUGAACCUCCAUCGUCAACAUAUCCUGAAUCCCAGGGCCGUAACUAGCUCAGAGCAACGAUGGGGGCUAGAAGUGUUCUCAGGGAGUGCUGUAAAAUUGACGGACAAUGUAUGUCUAUUGAUUUUAUGGUCGACAAUAUUUUGACCGUUGGGGGGGGGGACUUUUUGCAAGGGGGGGCUUUG